UUGAAUGCUUUCAUUCAUAGCUUACUUGGUUACGACGCUACCCAUCAGGAUAUGAAAGGAGGUAUAUUGGGUCUUGUGAAAGGUUAUUAUGGUUGUAUUGAAGCACAGGGCCGAGGAACAUUGCACUGUCAUAUGAUGAUAUGGCUGGAGGGUGGGCUCAAUCCGAACGAAAUCCGUCGACGCACUAUCGAAGACCCUAACUCUGACUUUUGCCGCCGCUUGAUAGCGUUUCUAGAUGAUACCAUUACCAAUCAAUUACCCGUAGACGAUUCGGUAGGGAUACACGUACCUUCAGAUGAUUUUCAUCCUUGCUCUGUUCGCGGAACAACCAUGGUGGGAUAUGAUGCUCAGGUCUCAAACCCGGAAGACGCUGUACGAAAAGAUUUUCAUAAUCUUGUACAAACUUGUCAGAUUCAUAAACACACCGCAACAUGUUUCAAAUAUUGUAAAGGCUCACAACCAAAAGAGUGUCGUUUCGGAUUACAUGAGUCCAAUACAACUGCAGAAACAGUAUUUGAUGAGAAUACUGGCGAACUAACUCUGCGAUGUCUUGAUGGUCUUGUGAAUAAUUUUAAUGAGACGAUUUUACGCGCCAUUCGCUGCAACAUGGACAUAAAGUUUAUUGGCUCGGGCGCAUCUGCGAAAGCCGUCCUAUACUACAUCACCAAUUAUAUCACUAAAUCGCAGUUGAAAGCUCAUGUGGCUUAUGCUGCUCUGGAAAGGGCAGUGAGACGAUUAGACGAGCAGUGUUCAACUGAUACGCCGUUUACGAUACGCGCAAAAAGAUUGCUACAGAAAUGUGCGUAUUCAAUGAUAAGUCAACAGGAGUUAUCUGCGCAGCAAGUUAAUACGUACUUGUUAGACCUUGAUGAUCAUUUUACAUCUCAUCAGUACAAAAACUUUUACUGGACGCAGUUCGAGCAUUUGGUUGAGUGUCAGAUACCUUCUCCUGAGUGU